CGGACUCAGAAAUCGAUGAAAACAACAAGCUGAUUGAAUGGUCAGAGGGGUUGAGUGACAGCCAGAGGUUUGCAAGCAAUGGGCCGGAAGUUGGACCUGUCGGGAUUAACAGACAACGAGGCAGAGCAUGUGCUGCAGGUGGUGCAGAGGGACAUGAAGUUACGCAAGAAGGAGGAGGAACGUCUCAGUGAACUGAAGCAGGAGCUGGAUGAGGAGGGCAGUCGCUGCCUCCUGCUGUCACGGCAGAGUUGUUUCAACCAGCGCUGCUGUAUUCGUUGCUGCUUGCCCUUCACCUUCCUGCUCAACCCCAGGCGCCAGUGCCAGGACUGCUGCUACAACGUCUGCAAGGCAUGCCGGGUCUACAGCAAGCGGGACAAAGCCUGGCUCUGCUCCGUCUGCCAGAAGAGCAGGUUGUUGAGGACACAGUCACUGGAGUGGUUCUACACUAAUGUGAAGAAGCGCUUCAAGAGAUUUGGCAGCGCCAAAGUGCUGAAGACUCUCUACAGGAAGCACUUGGCAGAGCACAGUGCGCUUUCAGAGCUGACUGAAGGCAGCGCCUAUGAGGAGAGCGUCUGCAAUGAGGGCAGCGUCUGUGAGAGCGACUCAACCUUCUACAGACAAAGUGAAGGUCACAGCAUGGCUGAGACGCUCACUGUGGCCUUGCGGGUGGCAGAGGAGGCCGUAGACGAGGCCAUUUCCAAGGCAGAUUAUUUUUCAGAUUGUAUUGAGAAGCAGAAUGAGGCACACUAUCUGCGGGAGCACAGAGGAGAGCUCAUUGAGGAACUGGCCAAAACUAUUGUGCAAAAAAUCAUCAGUAGGAGAAAGACUUUGGCUGAGAUGAGGACAGAGUGCGACCAGGACUGGCCUCUCGAACAAAACGCUGACCCCCGCCAUCAUCAGCCCACCUGUAAUCAAGCCUCGAGCUCCCUCAAACACCAACCAGGCCUCUGGAGGUCACACUCUGCCUCUUCACUGUUGGACAAUGACCCUCCAGGUCUGAUACAAGACUCACUGCAGGCGUUAAAGAAGGAGGGUGGUGGAUCGACUAUUUCUGCUUGGAAGAGUGUAGACCGGCUGGACAAUGCUGGUGUGUCCUCAGUGCUGAAGAGCCCAGACGGGAACUGGAUUGCCCUGCAGAGCGCCCAGCUGUCUCGCCCCAGCCUGCUGACCAGAAGGAAAAGCCAGGUCUUUAGUGCCUUGGAGAGGGAGUCCGGAGUGGUGUCCGCCUACGAAGGCAUGGGCUCUGAUAACGAAACCAAGUCUGAGCCUGACAGCUCCUGGGGUGCUGUCCUCCAGGAGAUCCACAGAAAGAUGACAGACUCUAACUUCAACCUGCAGGACACUCGGGACAGGACCCGGCUGCCUCUAAUGGACCGCCGAGGCAGCAGAGAUGAUGUGUUUUCGGACUCUGAGGGGAACUGGAAGCCUAAUAAACCUCUGCUUGCUUUUUUUAAGAGGAAUAUGCCUGCAGAGAUCAGGCGACCUUCAUCAUCCGGAAGGACAAGUAUCAUUGAUGUGAACUUUAAUGUAGAAGGAGCAGGAGAGGAGGAGGAGAGCAGUGUGGCUGCUGCGCCGGAGGUGGGAAAAGUCAGGAGAUCACGGAAGAAAAGGAAGAGUAAAAAAGAGCAAGUAGCUUCUUCUUCUGUGUCGGAUUUAAACAAAGAAGACAACCAAUCCCAACCUAUUUCUGAUGCCGUGACGCCUGACACUUUGACCUCUGGUGCCACAACCCCUGAACCUUUUGACCUCGAGAGUGACAUGGCCGGACAUGGAGCCAGUCAGAUGGACGAGAUGCUCACGUCAAAACUACAACAGCUAGCAGUCCGAGUUUGUGAAUCCUCCACUCAAGAAGAAGUACUUGACAAAGACUUAGAUUGUGGUGAUGAUGGACCGGGGGAAGAAAGGAGACAAGGAAGUGAGGACAAAGAUGAAGAUGGUGAAAGGUCGUGGAAGAUGGAGAUCGACUUGGAUGAAGUAAGAAUGGAGGAUGAGAAAGAGGACGAAGAAAGAGAUUUAGAAGUAGAUGAUGAAGAGAUGAAACACAGAUUAUACAGGCUCGUCGCACAGUCCAGACUCACAUACUUUUCCUCCACUGAUGAUGAGUUAAACAAAGCAGGCCAGAGUGAAGGAGAAUGGGAUGAAAAUAUGGAGGAAGACAAAGAGCAGGAGGAGGAAAUGACAGAAGGACUCACAUAUAAACUCUGUCAACUGGAAAAAGAAGUCAGAGCUACACAGUUCUCAUCCACCGAGGACGAGCUGGACAGAGUUGGCAUCGAAGAGAAGAAGACAGAAGAGGAGGAUGGGAGGAAUGAGGAGCUGGCUGUGAAAGUGUGCCGAUUAGCUAAACAAGUCAGUGACACCCAGUUUUCAUCCACAGAGGAUGAGUUGGACAGAGCAGGCAGAGGCAAAGAAGGGGAGGAAGCAAUAGACGAGGAAACGCUGUGGAAGUUACAGGAAGAAAAAGCAGUUCAGGCUGCUCAGCUGCGCGAUUUGGCCAGUCUAGUCAGCGCCUCUCAGUUUUCUUCCACUGAGGAUGAGCUGGAUAGAAUCGGAAAGAAUGAGGGAGAUGGAGAGCAAGAGGUAACUGAAAGAGGAACUGAGAGCAGCGUUGAGAGGGAAGACGUGUGGGGAGGAGCCGUGGAGAGGAGAGAAUCAUUUGGAGAGUUGGAUGUGAAAAUGUUUGAUUUGAGAGAUGAAACUGAGGAAACAAAGACUGAGAGUAGUGAUGCAAAAGCAACAGCUGAGAAUGUUUUGGUAGGUGAGAUUAAGACAGAUGACGUCCAACUAGGCAAAACAGAGGGAGAAGAACCCGAAGAGAGAGAUUUCUUAGAAGAGACAGUAACAGAAGAGAUUGAGGAUGAAAUAUUAAUAGUAGAGGAGCAUGUAUGUGAAUGUGAGGCUGAAAAAGCUAAAGAAAAACAGAAAGGACAAGAGAUGAAGUUGAAAUCAGCGAUGGAAGCAGAGAAAACGGAGGAGAUAAUCGACUCCAAUGAGACAAGAGAGGAACAAGGAUAUCAGCCAGAGGCAAAGUGGCCAGACGAAAACGAAGGAGAAGACAAGUUUAACAAAGAGGGUCAGGGGAAGUGGGAAGCAACAGCAGACAGUGAAGAGGAAGACCCAGAAUUUGACAGAAUAAUCAGCAGCAUGUUGAUGAUGACUUUGGAGGACAUGCAGGUAGAAACAUUAAAGAAUAAAGCUGAAGGAAAUGGGAGAAUAAAUAGAGAGCUAGAGGAAACGGAGACAGAAGGGAGUGUUAAAAUAGGGAGAGAAAGUGUUUUCAAAGAAAAGGUUGUUGAUGAACAGACUGCAGAUGCAUCAGAGGAGAGAGGAAGUGCGAAAGAGCCUCAAAGUCAAGGUGACAAUGUGACGUCAGAGUUGGCUGCAAGAGAAAGACCAAAAGAAAAUGCAACUGAGCAAAUUGGAGGAAACACUUCCAGGAAAGAAAGGAGUGGAGAGGUGACGAGCGGAAACGAAAAUGAGCAAGAAGAUACAGACAUGGAUCCACGAGAAAGAAGAAAUUUAGCAUUUGAGACAAAUGAGGCCCAACAGAAAUGUAAGAGAAUAGAAGUGGAUGAUGAGGAACAAGUUGCUGCAGAGGGAGGGUGCAACAAUAAAGAAACGGAUGAAAAAUCUGAGGAAACCAAAGAAAAAAGUGCAAACGACACAGAGCAGAGCAGCACAUCUCCACAGGAGAGUUUACUGUCACCAGAGGAGAUUCAAAAUGGUAGUGAAAUCGAGCUUUACAAAACAGUACAGUUUAUAUCUUCUCUUCUGGAGCAGAGGUAUUCGGCAGUGUCUCUGCGCAGCAUCACCACAGAGGUGCUGAAGGUGCUGAAUGCCACCGAGGAGCUGCUGCAGGGAGUGGAAGGAGGAGACAACACCCGGCUCUCUUCCACCUCACUGCCCCCCAACACCGACCUCAAGAAACUGGACCAACAGUUCUCCAGGCUGGAGGAGAACGUGUACGUGGCGGCUGGCUCGGUGUACAGUCUGGAGGCGGAGCUGAGUGACCUCGAGGAGUGUGCCAGGGGAAUCUGCAGCUCCACAUCCGAUAUGGAGCUGUCCUUCCUGGAGGAGCAGGUGGCAUCAGCAGCUGCCAAGGUCCAGCAGUCUGAACUACAGAUUUGUGACAUCUCUGCAAGAAUUGCUGCAUUGAAGAGUGCAGGCCUCAAUAGCUUUAUGUCAAACACCUUGUACACAAAAAAAAAAAUUAAAUGUUUUUCACAGCCAGUCACCCUGGACUCAUCAAGACAACUGAGGAGGCGCUUACCUGCACCGCCAGUGAAAGAAGACAAAGAAACCUGAAUCACUGAUCCUGGACCGUUGCAGUACCUUCAAUACAGAAGUGCCUUGACCCUGUGACUCUGCAGCC